GUAAGUAAACUGAUCUGAUUCGUAGAUGUACUUGGGAUCAUAGGUGGGCCCAUUGGGCUAUUUCUUGUUCCAGCCAGUGCAUCAUGACUGGUAUAUCAAAGGCUGUGGUAUGUACUACCCUGUCUGUGCACAUGUACCAAGUGAUCUGAUUCGUAGCUGUACUCUACAACACACGUACCAAGUGAUCUGAUUCGUAGCUGUACUCUACAACACACGUACCGAGUGAUCUGAUUCGUAGCUGUACUCUACAACACACGUACCAAGUGAUCUGAUUCGUAGCUGUACUCUACAACACACGUACCAAGUGAUCUGAUUCGUAGCUGUACUCUACAACACGUGUACCAAGUGAUCUGAUUCGUAGGUGUACUCUACAACACACGUACCAAGUGAUCUGAUUCGUAGGUGUACUCUACAACACACGUACCGAGUGAUCUGAUUCGUAGCUGUACUCUACAACACACGUACCGAGUGAUCUGAUUCGUAGCUGUACUCUACAACACACGUACCAAGUGAUCUGAUUCGUAGGUGUAUUCUACAACACACGUACCGAGUGAUCUGAUUCGUAGGUGUACUCUACAACACACGUACCGAGUGAUCUGAUUCGUAGGUGUACUCUACAACACACGUACCGAGUGAUCUGAUUCGUAGCUGUACUCUACAACACACGUACCGAGUGAUCUGAUUCGUAGCUGUACUCUACAACACACGUACCGAGUGAUCUGAUUCGCAGGUGUACUCUACAACAUACGCACCGAGUGAUCUGAUUCGCAAGUGUACUCUACAAUACAUGUACCGAGUGGUCUGAUUCUCAGGUGUACUCUACAACACAUGUACCAAGUGAUCUGAGUCGCAUGUAUAUUCUACAACACAUGUACCAAGUGAUCUGAUUCGUAGCUGUACUCUACAACACACGUAGCAAGUGAUCUGAUUCGUAGCUGUACUCUACAACACACAUACCAAGUGAUCUGAUUCGUAGCUGUACUCUACAACACAAGUACUAAGUGAUCUGAUUCGUAGUUUUACUCUACAACACACGUACCAAGUGAUCUGAUUCAUAGCUGUACUCUACAACACACGUACCAAGUGAUCUGAUUUGUUGCUGUACUCUACAACACAAGUACCAAGUGAUCUGAUUCGUAGCUAUACUCUACAACACGUGUACCAAGUGAUCUGAUUUGUAGGUGUACUCUACAGCACACGUACCAAGUGAUCUGAUUCGUAGCUGUACUCUACAACAUGCGUACCGAGUGAUUUGAUUCGUAGCUGUACUCUACAACACAUGUACCGAGUGAUCUGAUUCGUAGCUAUACUCUACAACACACGUACCGAGUGAUUUGAUUCGUAGGUGUACUCUACAACACAUGUACCGAGUGAUCUGAUUCGUAGCUAUACUCUACAACACAUGUACCAAGUGAUCUGAUUCGUAGCUGUACUCUACAACACACGUACCGAGUGAUUUGAUUCGUAGGUGUACUCUACAACAUGUACCGAGUGAUCUGAUUCGUAGCUAUACUCUACAACACAUGUACCAAGUGAUCUGAUUCGUAGGUGUAUUCUACAACACAUGUACUAAGUGAUCUGAUUCGUAGGUGUACUCUACAACACAUGUACCGAGUGAUCUGAUUCGUAGGUGUACUCUACAACACACGUACCAAGUGAUCUGAUUCGUAGGUGUACUCUACAACACACGUACCAAGUGAUCUGAUUCGUAGGUGUAUUCUACAACACAUGUACCAAGUGAUCUGAUUUGUAGCUGUACUCUACAACACACGUACCAAGUGAUCUGAUUCGUAGGUGUAUUCUACAACACAUGUACCAAGUGAUCUGAUUCGUAGGUGUACUCUACAACACACGUACCAAGUGCAACAUUUAUUUCUGUAACUCUACACUGAGCAAUAUAAAAGACAGUGGAUGACAUCAUCAUGGAGAGGUCUUCUGGUGAACCAGCUGACAGUGAACAAGCAACGUCUACAGCCAUUCUGCAGGAGCCACACUCUGACUUGCACUCCGACGCCCAAACCUCAUCUAUCAGAACAGACAACUUGGGAGACCGGUCAUCCGUGGACCCAUCAACUGGUGAUGCUACAUCAUCGGCAACUGGGCACAGCGAUACUUUUGAACAGCGUGGUGUGGAGGUCGACAAGAAAGGGUCUGCUGUGUUCAGUUACAUUGACCUGGAUGAUGACGAGACACAGCCCCCAGAUUCUCCCGAUCUGUUCAGAGACAAGUCUGCUCAGGUUCCCAUUGUGUGUGUCCCAUCAAGCACAUCAUGUGAACAAGAUGAAGAUCCAUUUGAGAUGGAGAGUACCGACGAUGAAGCUGCUGUCACAGUGACGAGUCGUAAAGAUGAAGUCUUGGCGAAGUCUGAUCAAGAUGGUCGCUCGAGUCAUAAAGAUGAAACCUUGGGGAACUCUAAUCAUGAUGGUCACUCGAGUCUUAAAGAUGAAGUCUCACUGAAGUCUGGUCAAGAUGGUCGCUCAGGUCGCAAAAGUGAAAUCUGUGUAAAGUCUGGUACAGUUGAAAGUUUGGGUUGUAAAGAUGAAGUCUCGGUGAAGUUGGAUCAGGAUGGAAGCUUGAGUCGUAAAGAUGAAGUCUCUGUGGCAUCUGUUCAAGAUGAAUGCUUGGGAAGGAUGGAGACCGAUGAAUGUGUACCGUAUACUAGAAGUGACUCUGCACAACUUGCUGUCCACAUGACAUCCACAAGAGAACAUCCAGAAAAGAACACAACAAGCCAGGAGCCCAGCGUCACAGACCAGGCCAGCCAGGGCUUUGAUACGUCACAAGGUGAAGACAAAGAGAAUGAGGAGGAAUCACAGUCACCUACAUUCAAGAAAAAGCUACUGGGUAUGGAGAAGAUACAAGAAGUUCCAGAUAAGAAGUUAUUACGUAAAUACAGAAAAUACAAAGAAAAGAUGCGACUAUCUGCUCCAUUGUUCAGUCCAUCCCCACAGGAUCCUGUCAUGUAUGCUAAAGUGAUUCUUCAACUGUUUGACCUGUAUAUCCGCAAAGUCCGAUCAGCUCAGUCUGUGAUCGUGGGUCACGUGGAUUGGGGCACUCCCGUUCCUGUCGGCCGUCACAUGUCUCGCACUCUCGACAUCAAACGACGCGGACAACCCUCGUUUUCUUGGAGUGACGAUUCAGAGAGUCAGCCACAGGACGAUGUAGAGUCCCGGAAACAAUUUUCUCAGAAACAAGCCGACAUAGAAAAUGAUGACUUGGUUGAGUCGCUUCCUGAUAUUCCGUCCAUUGAGCCUGGGCCAGGCGAUUCUUACCUGAAUAGAGAACCAACAGAGUACGUUCCCUUGGAAGCUACUCUUCAGAGUGAGGAGAGAGUGUCGCAGACAUUGUGUGACGAAGAUGAUGAUUUCUACAAUGCUGACACUGAGGAGGCCUGUAAUAGUGUUGAUGGUGGAUUCAGAUCCUUGAGAAAUGCAGCUACGGCUACUGCGACUGUCACUACUGCUAAUGUUGAUAACAAUCUUGUAAUGAAUGCCAGUCAAAGCUCUAAUUCUCUUCUCAAUUCACAAGGGGAAAUCAAGCCGUAUCAGAAACAACCUUCACAGGAGGCAGAUUUGGCUGAAGUAGAUGAUGUGGUGGAUGUCGUCAGUGAUUCGGAGAGCAGCGAAUCUUCAAGUUCUAUGUCUGUGAAGAAAUGGACAACGUUGGGGAGGGUUCCAUCAAGAGAUUUGGUUAUGAAUGAGAAGAAGUCUGGGACCACACCUCGUGACAGAAACAGUGAGGUGGAGAUAGAGUGGAAGUUUGAUAGUCUGUCACAGCAGAUGAAGAAGGUGCUGUUUAAAACAAACAGCAAUCAAACAUCAUCACAGCGAAGUGGUGACGAUCCCACGAAGACCAUUGGUGACCAUGUUGAUAUUGGUGCAGAUCACGAUUCUUCAGAUGACGAUGUGUCUGGGAAAGGUAGUACAAAACGGCCGUCUGCACAGGCUACAAGAAGAAGCAAUCGUCCUGAUGAAUCACCUCAGAGAGUGGCUGAUUCAGGGAAUCGCGAUUCUUCAUCCUCGGAAUCAGAAUAUCCGGUGACAAAACGAAGCUGGAAGAAACUGUCGAGAAAGUCUUUCAUGGUGGAUAAUUCAGACAACAGCAUUCAUCUGCUUCAGACUGAACCUUUACCGCAAUCCACCGCCCCUUUCAAUACUGCUGGAAAUACUGCCCCUAAUACCUUGACUUCGUCUGUGAGUCCCCCUGCUGUGGUCCACAUAGAGGAUGAUGACCACGAAACAAAGAAUACACCAGAAGAGGCAGUGAGUCAUGUUGCUUGUCCAUUGUGUAAUGAGUUUUUCAACAGCAGUCAAAUUGAGCUGCAUGCGUCUGAGUGUGAUGGCCCAGUCAUCCAUCAAACACGCAAACGAAAACACCAGCAUAGUGGGCAGAUGAACGAUCUCGAUGAAGAUGGUGAAUUCAGGGACAUCCAUGCGGCAGUAGAUGUGCAUAGAAACCCAGGUGAAAGGUCGCACAGUGAAGACAAAAGAACGGAUGCACACACAAGUGCGGAGGAAAGAAGACGUCGGGAUGAUUGGACACGAGAUGACAUAGACAUGUCUGCAGUGAGGAAGAAAGCAGCACAGAUGAAACAGAGCAGGCCGAUGGAGGUGUGUAUGAUCUGCUCCGAAGACAUCCCUUCGGGACUGGAGUAUGAGCAGCACGUGGACCGGUGUAUUCAGGCAGCCAUCGAGAAGAACAAGGGCGGGGCCGGCGACGACGAGGACCGGAGACCCAGGCGGGCGAGGACCAAGGGAGGCCUGGUCAGUGAGCUGGAGUCGACAUGGGACCAGGGAGAUCGGACAGAUGCCAAUAGAAUGCAAGAUGGAAAAGAAAAUUCAGCAUUAUCAUCGAAGUCCAGGCAGUCUGAGGGGGUCCAUGCAUCAUCUGGCGAUGGAGACGCCAAGAAAGAACCCACCUGGUUGACUGCAGAUCUUGAUUCACCAAUCAAAUCAUUUAAACGUAUUUCUCAGCUGGAAGAAACAUGUAUGGACUUCAAGAACCAGUUCAAAGCUAAAGAGGGUGGAAGUGGCCAGAAAGGACAGUGGAAGUACUUAGGCAGAGGAAGAAAGAGACAAAAAAAGAAUUAAUUGGCUCACAAGAGUUGUAAUUUUGCUUGUUCUAUAAAGAGUUGUUUUGAAAGAAAA